CCGAGGCGCUUCUGCAAAGGAGCCGCUCUGGGCCCCGCCUUUGAUCUCGUUGGUUGGACUGUGGGGAUGAGAACUGCACCGCGCGGGACCAGUCGCCGUCGGCGCCCGACAGAGCAGAAGAGGAGAGAGCAUGGAGUUGGAAAGGAUUGUCAGUGCAGCACUGCUUACCUUUGUCCAGACACACCUCCCAGACGCCGACCUCAGUGGUUUGGAUGAGGUCAUCUUCUCCUAUGUGCUUGGGGUUCUAGAGGACCUGGGCCCUUUAGGCCCCUCAGAAGAGAACUUUGAUAUGGAGGCCUUCACUGAGAUGAUGGAGGCCUAUGUGCCUGGCUUCGCCCACAUCCCUAGGGGCACAAUAGGGGACAUGAUGCAGAAGCUGUCAGUACAGCUGAGCGAUGCUAGGAACAAAGAGAACCUGCACCCACAGAGCUCCUGUGUCCAAAGUCAGGUGUCUAUUUCUCCAGAGCCCCUGCAGCAACCGGAAAAGCACAAUGACGAUACCAGGUCUCCUGCUGCAGCUGGGGAUACCCAAGAUGAGGUACUGGCAGCUGGCCGUGAGAAGGAGCUGCUGCCAGGGGUGGAUGUGCUCCUAGAAGUAUUCCCUACCUGUUCAAUGGAGCAAGCACAAUGGGUGCUGGCCAAAGCUCGAGGGGACUUGGAAGAAGCUGUGCAGAUGUUGGUAGAGGGCAAGGAAGGGCCUCCAGGCUGGGAUGGCCCCAAUCAGGACCUGCCCAGACGUCUCCGAGGCCCCCAGAAGGAUGAGUUGAAAUCCUUCAUUCUUCAGAAGUACAUGAUGGUGGAUAGCGCAGAGGAUCAGAAGAUUCACCGGCCCAUGGUUCCUAAGGAGGCUCCCAAGAAGCUGAUCCGAUACAUUGACAACCAGGUAGUGAGCACUAAAGGGGAGCGAUUCAAAGAUGUUCGGAAUCCUGAGGCUGAAGAGAUGAAGGCCACAUACAUCAACCUCAAGCCAGCCAGGAAGUACCGCUUCCACUGAGACACUUGCUGGACUCUGCCUGAACCUUCCAGAUCCCAGAGGGCUGCAAGAGCCUACUCCUCUACACGGAGGCUUCCCUUGCCCCUGAAUACCCUGCUUCCUGAUUCCAUAGUGUUUACCUACUCUUGGAGCUGCCUCCAUGGGCACAGUAAAGUGGCUCCAAGGAA